AUGGUUAAACCUACAAUCCCCAAGCCCGCCCCGGGCCCAGGGAGUUAUAACUCAAUCGCAGCUCAAUAUGCGCGCGCGAAGGCCAUCAAGGACGCGGAAGAUGCUGCGAAAGUUGCGGCGAAGGAGGGAAAGGGAGUGAGGGAGAAGAGCCCGCUUGAGAGAUUGAAUGAUAGGAAGAAGGCGAGGUUUUUAAGAGAGUGGGUUUGGGUUUUGGGGGCGUUUGUGUGGUUUUUCUUCAUACACGCGACCGGUUUAUAUUUCUUCACAAGAGGCUUCCUCCUUACACGGCUCGUGCUCGACGAAAAGUCAUCAUGCGCCCAACCGCCAAUUGCGCUCAGCAAGCAUUUCAAGGGCGAGGCAACUAUCGAGGGGGGAUGUUGGCAUCCGAAAACGUUUGAUAAGGCCGUGGUUGUCAUUAUCGACGCGCUUCGAUACGACUUCACGGUCCCUCUGGAGAAAUCAAAGGAGGAGCAGGCAUUCCAUAAUGCGCUGCCGUUUCUGUAUGAGACGGCCAUUUCGCAGCCGCAAAAUGCAUUCCUCCUGCCGUUUAUUGCGGAUCCGCCGACUACGACCUUGCAGCGCUUGAAAGGCCUGACGACUGGGACACUGCCGACGUUUAUGGAUGCUGGGUCGAAUUUUGCGGGCACGGCUAUUGAGGAGGAUAAUUUGCUGAUCCAGUUAAGGGAUGUGGGGAAGCGGAUUGCGCAUCUGGGGGAUGAUACUUGGACUGCGUUGUUCCCUGGGUAUUUCGAAGAGGGGAUUAGUAGGGCGUACGACAGUUUCAACGUAUGGGAUUUGCACACGCUUGAUAAUGGUGUUUUAGAGCAUAUAAUGCCGCUUCUGCAGGAUGAAGAGAAGAAGGCGCAGUGGGAUGUCAUGAUUGCACAUUUCUUGGGUGUAGAUCAUGCUGGGCACAGAUAUGGUCCGAACCAUCCUGCCAUGACGGCCAAAUUGCAGCAGAUGGAUCUGGUGAUCAGAGAUAUAGUUAACGCCUUAGAUGAUGAUACGUUGCUAGUUAUCAUGGGCGAUCAUGGCAUGGAUACCAAGGGUGACCACGGCGGGGAAAGCGACGAUGAAGUCGAGGCAGCUCUUUGGAUGUACUCCAAAAAGGGAAUCUUUGGCCGCACCGAUCCUUAUUAUAUUACGCCUCCAGCUACAGCUAAGAUAAGACCUGUCAACCAGAUUGAUCUGGUGCCUACGCUAUCUCUACUACUGGGCUUGCCCAUCCCCUACAACAAUUUAGGAAAGCCUAUUGAGGAGGCUUUUGCUGGGAAGGAAGGCAAUGCAUGGCAGAAUCUCGCUGCUGUGGCUAGAAUGGCAGCGGCUGGUACCAAGAGAUAUCAUGCUGCUUAUUACACUGCUCGAGGCAUUGAUGAGGUUACGACUGAGGGAUCGCCAUCUGCUCUGUGGGAUAUUGCAGAACGCGUCUUUGCCAAGCCUAUGAAGGACGAUUUGUUGACCGAGGCGUAUGAUGCGUUCUCCGCGUAUCAGACAGAGACGUUACGGAUAUGUCGAGGUCUAUGGGCACGCUUCGAUGUCGGCAGCAUGGCUUUAGGAAUCGGAAUCCUAUUAUCAGGCGUCGUGACGUUACUACUAUACGCCAACGACAAUGCUGAAGAUGGAGCUGCGGUUGAGGAUCCAGAGUUGGACCGAGCAGAGCAGCAGCUAGAGCUUGAUAAUUUUGCUAAGGGCAUUGAUACUCUAGAUGAAGAUGAGACUACGAGUCGAUCUCUUGUUCGUGGUGCUUUGAUUGGCUCCGGACUAGGCGCUGCUGCUGGACCAACUGUGUGGGUGAUGAAUGGAGGAUCAUCUCUGGUAGAUUUUGGCCUGGCCGUCGUUGCGGUUGCUGGCCUUCUUGGUGUUUUAUAUCAAGAGGUGAGACGGAGGAUGCAGAUUAGCAAUCCGCUACCAACGACCUUCUGGGGCUGGCUUGCAGUCACCUUUACCGUCAGUCAGUCCAUUGGCUUUGCGUCGAACUCAUACACAAUCUGGGAGGAUUCAAUCUUAUUGUUCUUCAUUUCAACCUUCGGGAUAGCUACGGCCAUAUACUCGCUACGGUUGGAGAAGGCUUCUGAACGAACCUUAGCUGUCUAUCAUUCAUUGUGCUUCGUUGCAUUGGGGUGGUUUGCCUCCUUUUCUAAGUUAUGUAGAGAAGAGCAGAUGCCGUAUUGUCGAUCUACCUAUUACGCUUCCGCAACAUCAUCCACAUCAGCCCCAUGGCAGCUCGCCAUCCCUUUCGUAAUAGCGGUCUUCCUGCCAUCUAUUAUCAAAUCCUACUACGAUACCAGCCGCUCAUACGAAGGCUUCGCGCCAAUAUGGAUCGGAUGGGCCUUCCGAAUUGGACUCACCCUCAGCGCUGUCUUUUGGACUCUUGAUGCCGCAGAUGACGGCGAAUGGUUUCCAGACUAUCCACCAGGCCUGCUGAAAAACAUCCGCGUCCCUCUCGCCCAAAUCGUCUUCGCCAUGGCCAUCGGUGCUGGGACAACGGUGUUCGGAUACGCACCUCCCUGUGUCUCCAUCCGUACAGCGGCCAAUCCAUCUCCCAACGCUCAACCGUCAAACACAACAGUCACCGUCCUAGGAUUCGCCAACGCCCACGGAUCCCGCUACCUCCUCCUAGUAAUCAACAUCCUCCUCUGCAUCCUCAUGGUUCAAAAGCCCAUGGGUGCGGGAGCCCUCGCACUAAUGACGUGGCAAACCCUCUCGCUCCUCGAGAUCCUCGACCUCACAUCCCUCACGUCCUCCCCGAUCGGGCCCGUCGUCCUCGCUCUACUAGGAAGCUUCCACUUCUUCAAAACCGGCCACCAGGCAACCCUCUCCGCCAUACAAUGGGAAUCCGCAUUCAUUCCAAUGCACACGGUCCGUUACCCUUACGCCCCCAUUCUCAUUGCCCUCAAUAGUUUCGGCGCGCAGAUCAUCGCCGCGGCAGCUGUGCCCCUCGUCGUCCUAUGGAAGCAGCAUCCUAAGCGCAAGGGCCUGUUGCGUGCGGUGGUUAGCGCAUUGGCGUGGCAUCUGGCUUAUUAUGCGGUGGUGAGCGCUGCGACGACUAUGUGGGCCGGCCAUUUAAGGAGACAUCUUAUGCUGUAUCGUAUCUUCAGCCCGAAAUUCAUGACUGCGGCUCUUGCCGUUCUGGUUGUUGACGUGGUUGGGAUAUUCGUAGCUUUGCUGGGAGUGAGGUAUAAUACCUUGAGCGUUGGUGACGUUUUUGGAUGGGGUUGA